GAUUUUACUAUUCCACUAGAGCAACGAUGCCAACGGUUGACAAAAAAACUGUGGGAUGAAGUGUCUGAAAUAUUGGGAGGUAAAAUAAAACGUUCAUUCGCGACUGAAAUACUUAAAGAAAAAUUUCUCUUACAGGUAAACUUAGCGGGGAAGAAGCAAAAAAGAAAUUUAAAAAUUUACAUGACGCCUACUGACGAAUAAUUCAUACAGAAAAUCACCCUAGUGGAUCGGCUAGACCUCUCCCUACAAAAAAAUGGCACCAUUAUGACUCCGUGGAAUUUCUGCGCGACUUAUGCCUUGUCAAAAACAUCUAAUAUUGAUGUUGAUGAUUCUUCAAGUAAUAUUGGCGAAUCAAUAAAUAAUGGUGAUACGAUUGGCGAUGACAACGAUCAAUCAGAGUUAGAAGCAUCAGGUGCGCCAAUUAAAAGAAAGAAGAGUUCGGGCCAGCAGUCCAAUGCACUGGAAAGAAUUGCUGAUACGCUCUGUCAACCACCAACUUCAUUUGAAAUACCGGCAGCACUCAAACUCGAUGAAAUUGAUUCCACUCUAGAAGUUAUUGGAUGCAGGGUGAGAAAGAUGAAUAGUACGAAUCAGUUAGAUGUCAUUCAGCAUAUAAUGAAUCUAACUUAUGAUAUACUUAAAGGAGAACAUUAA